GGAAGCUGCCCGCGAAGCUGCAUAUUUUCUGAAACGCAACUUCACUUCAGUCGCUCCCACACCUCUUAAUUAAUCCAUCGCCGCUUUCAACGUUUCUUCCAUUCCCAUCGCAUCAGAGCUUUUGUUUGAUUAACUUGAUUGUUCCAGGAUGACUAAACCAAACUCUCGCGUGUCCAUCAGCAGCAGUAUGUUAACUAUGAAAUUCAAGUAAAAUCAAUUCGAGUGAAAGUCAAAUUCAAGUAACUCCCCCGCAAAAUGAUGGGCACUGUUCAUCGUCUGUCUCUGCCCGACCAGGAACUGCUCCUGGAGAAGCUUGGGAUCUUCAAGAUCAGCGGCAGAGAUAAGUCCGGGCGACCCAUCCUACGCAUUAUCGGAAAGUUCUUCCCCGCUCGAAUUGUGAGCGCCGAUGUUGUGAAGAAAUAUUUGGAGGAGAAGAUUUUGCCGGAGCUAGGGAAACGGCCGUUCGUGGUCGUGUACGUGCACACCGACGUCCAAAGGAGCGAGAACUUACCCGGAAUGUCGGCGCUGCGAUCGGUUUGCGAUGCGGUUCCGGCUGACGUCAAGGAAAGCGCGGAGGCCGUGUAUUUUUUGCACCCCGGCCUGCAGGCCAGGCUCUUCCUCGCCUUCUUUGGCCGUUUUCUGUUCGGAGGGGGGCUGUACGGAAAGGUAAGGUACGUGAACAGACUGAGCUAUCUGUGGGAGCAGGUGAGGAUGAAGGAGGUGGAGAUUCCUGAUUUCGUGUACGAUCACGAUGAAGAGCUGGAGGAGAGCGGCAACCAUCGGGUGAUGGAGAGUGGUAUGGAGGGCGAUUAUGCGCGGGUGUACGGUGGGCGUGCGGCGGACCAACCGGUGUCGACGUACUCCAUGAGAUGCAUAUCGUAGAAUGGAGUAACGAAGCAGUAUCAGCAAUGUCAGUAUGUAUACAAAUGGUAGAAUAGGUUAUAAUUUUUGUAAUUUUGAAUGAAAAUAAGGUGGUGGUAGGAAGCAUGCAGACUCAGCAGGCGUCGGGCGUCUGCUCUUGCUCCUCCUCCUCCUCCUCCUCUUCUUUUGAUUUUUUUUUUUUUCAAACUAGCAUUUGGCUUUUCAAGGGAGUAUGCAAUGUUGUAUUUUUCGUUAGUUAUCCCGUAAAAUUUCUGAAGACUGCAACUUCCCAAAUAUGAAUACCUCUUUGGGAACUCAUGAUCAAAAUUGUACAAGGCAAAUAUUUUGGAUUCCUUUGAAUGAUAGAUGUCCUCGAAAUAACCAUAUUUAAUAUUCACAUUU